UUUUAGCCUAUCUGUGGUGGUCCCGGUCCGCCAUAUUUAUAUAUUUUUAUCUAAAUCGCGUCUGUUUCGCGAGUUCGCAAGUGAUUCGCUAAUUCGCUAUAUAAUAACAUGAAGAGUGUGACUAUUACCUGUGAAUAUAUGUUACAAUAAAUACACUGAUUCGAUUAAUUCAUUACAAUGGACGGUAUCUUUACUGAAAAGCUUCUUCGCGAGGUCGCGAACCGACCCAUUAUUUAUCAACCAACACAUCCGGACUUUAAAAACAGACCCAAGAAAUAUCAAGCUUGGCGGGAAAUUCAAAUGGAAUUGAAUGAAGAAAUCAAACCUAUGAAGGCAAGGUGGAAGAAUUUAAAAGACACAUACAAUAAAUAUAAACAGUCACGAACUACUGGCGAUGGUACUAACAAGCUCACGAACUGGCUCUGGGCCGAUCAUAUGACAGCAAUUAUGGAACAAGUAGAUCCUUUGAAUGAAGUUCAAAUUGAUCUCGACAUUCCAACUGUGAAAUUAGACUGCAAUGAUAACUCUCCUCUCUCUACAACAAAAAUAGAAGAAAUGUGGGAAGACAUUGAAAGUAAUCAAGGGUCAUCAGUUUUAGCUGAAACUUCAACCGUUCAAGAAUCAUACAGAAGAAAUAAAAGAAAUUCAGAUCCAACAGAUAGAAUUGUGGAAUAUUUGCAAAACAGGAAGAGCGCGCGUAAAAGAAAUGACUGCAAAACAGAAGUAAAGUGCGACGGCGUAGAUUUGUUAUUUUUAGGAUAUUCCGACACAUUCAAGAAACUGUCUAACAGAAAACAAAUAUCUGUUAAAUUUGAGAUAGCCAAAAUUUUAAUGAAGGCUGAACUUAGUGAUUUACAGAAUGAUGUACUCAUUGUUCCGACUUCUCCUGGAGAUGAAGAUUAAUAUUCUCAUCUUCAAAUAGAAGAUGAGAAUAUUAAUCUUUUCUUUUCUAAUUUCAUCACAUUAUGAAUAAACUUUUAUUGUACUUAUAA